AUGGGGAGCCACGGCCUGGGUGUGCCGGGCCCCGCGCUGUUUCUGCUGCUGGUGCUGCGGCCUCCGCUGCUGAAAGCCGGAAGUUUGCGGCACAGCGUCCGGGGCUCCAGAGACCUGCAUGGCCUCGUUCUAAGUGGGAAAAGCCUCCAUAACUACCUCCGCCCAAAGGGGGGAACUGUCCACCACCUCCGCAGCCACUAUUCCCGGGAUAACCCGGAAAAAGAUACAAGGCAAUCCUGCCAGAGCGCAUAUGACCUUUACUUCAUCUUGGAUAAGUCAGGCAGUGUGAACAACAACUGGAUGGACAUUUACAACCUUGUGGAAGAUUUUGUCAAAAAGUUCGAAAACCCGAAACUGCGGAUAUCCUUCAUCACCUACUCCACAGAGGGCCACACCCUCAUGAAACUCACCUCAGAUAAAAAUGAAAUAAGUGGUGGUCUUAAUAAACUUCAGAAUACAGUGCCUACUGGAGCCACAAACAUGCAUGAAGGAUUUAAAAAGGCAAAUGAGCAGAUUGAAAAAGCAAACUCUGGAGAAAACAAAGUUCCUUCCAUGAUUAUCUCCUUGACGGAUGGAACACUGCUACCAGAGUCCUUUGAUGAGACAAAGUACGAAGCUGCAAAGGCUCGGAAAAUGGGGUCAACCAUUUAUGCCAUUGGUGUAAAAGACUAUAGGAAAGACCAGCUGUUGGAAAUUGCAGACAGCCCAGAACACAUGAUUGGAGUGGACAAUGGAUUUAAGGAACUGAGAAGCAUCGUAGAACCACUCACAAGUAAGGCAUGUAUUGAAAUUACAAAAGUGGAGCCUUUGCAUUUGUGUGCAGGAGAAGACUAUGAAAUUAUGAUUUCUGGAAAAGGAUUUAAUAAUGCAAUAAACAAGGAGGAAGUUAUUUGUAGAUUCCGCUUCAGCAAUGAUAAAUUCUUCGAUAAAAAAGCCACCACUGUGGAUGAUAACAGCAUAACAUGCUCAGGAGUAAUGAUACAAAAACCAGACCAGUUGGUCCAUGUGGAAGUUAGCCUGAAUAAUGCCAUCAGCUUCAUCAGGAGUGAUGCUAACAUCACCAGCGACAACUGUAUGAGUUCCAGGAAUAUGCCAUCAGAAGGUGAUGAACCACCCUCUCCAGCUCCUCCUUCUCCAGAAGUCAUGACUCCCCCGGAAAACCUGGCAUCAUUUAUGCCACCUAUCCAACCUAUCUACUUGGUUGUGCUCCUCGCAGCCGUGCUCACAGUCCUGUGUCUUUCCUGCUGCUUCUGGCUAUGCUGUUGCAAAAAGCCCUGCAAGGAGCCACCAGUGCAGAAGAUAGUAAUGGCACCCGUGAGGGAAUGUAUACGGCCCCGCCCAGUGGUGGUCCCUUGUAGGUGCCGAGGAGGCGGGAUAAGACGGAUAGAGGGCAAACUGGACACCUUGUGUGACUUUGUGCAAAGCUGCAACCAGAUCCCAUUGAUGUGGUGUCAGCCCAGGAACGCGAGGAGGUGCCUCAACUUUGCCCGAUUGAGGCCCCCCUGCAUGAAGUAUCCCUGUACCCCAAAGAUCUGCCUUCUACCCUGCACCCCAAAGAUCUGCUUUCCACCCAGCCAGGAGUGCUUCCCCAUCAGCAACUGCUACUCAUGCUGCCAAUGCCCAUCACGCAAGUGUUCCCGGCUUCCCUCCAGGAUGCUGCCACUGAUGGCCCCCUCUUCCCGGGCACUCUGCGGAACCACUCUGUCACUCCCACCCCCAUAG